AUGUCAAUCUAGAUGUAAUAACUAUUCAAAUAACAUUAAACUCAAUAGUUUUUGACUCAAUAAUUUUCUAUCAAAUAAGAAAAGAUUAAACCUUCAAACCUAAUAGCUGAAUAAUAAAAUGAAAAAUGUACUAAUAAAUUAAACAAUGAAAAAAAUAAAGAAGAAUCACCAUCUCAAAGAUUUAAUAAUUAUAUAUUAAAACCAUCCUAAAAACCUUAAUAGCAAAAUCAUACUUAAAAAUGUAAUAUUAAGUAAUUGUAAAAUAAGAGUAAUAACAUUACAGAAUAAAUCCAAGAAAAAUAUAAUAAUUUUAAUAAAAAAAGAAGUUAAUCUCCUAACUAAUUCAUUAAUCAAUCAUAAAUUAAUGAUGAAUAACCUUAAAGAAGACCUGCUUCUUUUGCAAAUGAUUAAUCUCAUAAAUAAAAAGUAAUACCUAAAUCUCCUAAUCCACAUGAAUUAUAAGAGAGUAUUGUAACAAUUGCAUUAGAUAAAUAAGGUAGAAGAUAUCCAUUUACUAUUUAGCAAUCCCCUAGACCUAGACCAAAAAUUCAACUGAAUAAAAAUUAAAGAUUAAUUAUCAAUAAAUGGGAUCCUAUUGUUCAACAUAACAAUUUCAAUAAAGAUGUCCACUCAAAUUACAAAGUCAUUCCUCAACCAAUUCAUUAUCUAGCAAUAGUAAAUCUAAUUUCAUAAGAAAAUUAGAAUAGAAUACUAAUCAUACUCCUACUAAAUUAACUACUACUACUCUAAAUACAGAAUAUAGCAAAUGUAAAUCUAUUAACAAAGAAUAAUGCAUUAAAGCUAUAAUAUAUGAUUAAGAUAGAGAAAAUGAUAUGAAAAUUUUGAAUAUUGGUACUCCAAGCACUUACCUUCAUUCUAAAAUUUCUAUUGAGUAGCAGAGUGUAAUAAGAUUGAAUAGACAUUUAGGUUGAUGAAAGUUUAGGAAAUAAAUUCUAAUAAGGAAAAUUACUAAGUUAAUAUUCACCCUUAAUUGGAUCAAAUGAUAAUUUAGAAAAUGUAUUACCAACAAAGACAUGUACAAAUCAUAGAAAUAAGAGAGCCAAAUAUAAGGUAGAUGAAUGUUCUAAAUUUACAUAUUAUUGUUCUUAAUGUGCUAUUGAAGCUGCAAGUUAAGGAAAAGUAGUUUAAGAAAUUAAUUAAUUGAAAAUUAAAUCUUAAGAAUCUUAAUAGAUACCAACUUUUUAAUAAAAAUUAAUAGAAUUAAAUGGAAAUUAAACAGAAAUGUAAUUCAAAGAGAAAUAAUUAAGUGGGUUUUUGAAAAAAUUAGAUGUAUCUUAAACUCUAAGAUAAGAUAUUCUAGGAUAAAUGCAACUUUAAAUUGAAUUAAUAACAGAAUGGUAUGAGAAUUAGAUAAGAAAAUGUGAAGAAUCUAGAUUAGAAUUAUAAAAUUUAUUAAAUGAAACAAGUAAUUAUUGUAUAUCUACACUAUAAAUGUAAUAAUAAGAAUCAUUAAAAUAAAUAUCAAUAUUAUUGUAUGUUUUAUAAUAGCAUUAAUAAGAAACAAAUAAUAUUAAAUAAGAUAUAGAAAAUAAUUGGAAUGCUGUAUUAAAAACAAUAAAAAUGGAACCAUUUUAAAAGAUAAUGGAUAAUCAUUAAAUAGAAUUAGUUAAAAUGAAUGAAUUUACAUAAUCUAUGUUAUCAAUUACAAUUGGAUUGAAAUAAUUAAUAAAUCCAGAUAUAAAACCUAUAAUUACUUAAAUUACUUAAAAGUAAUAUAUAUUAUUUUUAUAUUAUAGCUAUUAAUUAUAAGAUGAAAAAAGAUUGUUGAUUUAAAUUAAUAAUUAAAAUGUUAAUUAAAUGACAUCUGCUUACAAAAAAACAGAAAAUAUUGAGAUGCCAUUUUAAUAAUCAAUGUCUCAAUAAAGAAUUCGUACAAAUUUUAGUAAUGGAAUAGAAUCAUAAUUAAAUUAAUAGGAUAAAUAAUUCAAUUCUAAUUAAAAAUUAAUUGAUGAUAAUAUUAAUUAAAUUACUCAUUCAAAAUUAUAAUAACCUAAAAAUAAUAAUCUUUAUGUAUCUUUUGAAAAUAAAGAUUUAUUUAUGAAUAUUGCUGAAUAAGAAUAUAAAAAUAAAAAAAGUUUACAUGAAGAGAAAUAAUAAUUAUAAUUAAUAGAAUCUUAACAUUAUUAAGAGAAUUAAAUGAGUGAAUAAAAUUCACCCAAAUCUACUCCUCAUAGUCCUGCUAGUGGAUAAAUGAAAUAAUCAAUAUAAAGAACAGUGACUAAAACAGAGGAUAAUACAUCAUUAAUAUGUUAGGAUGCUAUUUAAAAAUAGAAAAGUACUUUUAGAAAGUUAUUUGAAAAUAUUGAUGAUCCAUAAAAUAUUGAUAAAUUAAAUUAAGAAUUUUUAUUAUGUUCUGAGUAGAAUGAUAAGGUUUUACCAAAAUAAAAAUAAAUCACAAAUAAUUCAUCAAAAACAUAAUAGUAUAAAAUAUUUAAAUUAUCAAUCUAGGUUUUUUUAAUAGUCUAUUGAAUCUAAUUAAACAAUGGUUUUAGAAACUCCUGAUUUAAAGAAGAAUGAAUUAGAAAAUUUAUAAUAUCUAUAAUAUUUAUAAGAUACAGAAACUUGCAAAAAAGCUUUAGAUAAGCGAUCUUAAAUAAUGGAGUCAGUGAAAUAAGUUAAUUUAUGGGAUGAUCAAUAAAAUAUUAAUCUAUGUGGUAAGAGUGAUCUUAAGGAAACUGGUUAAAUAUUGAAUUUUAGAGAAAUGAUGCACUUCAGUGAUUUAAAAUCAAAGACUUAUCCUUUGGAAUUAAUUCAAAAUAAUAAAAAUUUAGAAUUUAUUUAAGAAGAAAAGAGUUUGUUUUGUUCACCUCAAUUCAAAGAUCAAGAUUUAAUAAAUAUUUCAGAAAGCAGUUGUAUAUCCAAUUGA